AUGGAAGGAGAUGAGUGUGGGGGGUUUCCUCCAGAACCAUCGGAGGGUAACUCACAGAGGGGAAGUGUGGCCUCUGUCACCCGCGGUCAGUUCCCUUUUUUCUUUCAGUCUGGUGUUUACAAUAGAAUAUUAUUUCGUCCCUCUGUGUGUUUACUAUUUGGAAGAUGCUGUUUAAUAGCCUUGUGUAUAUACCAAACUGAUUCAUGUAAGCUAAUGAGAUCAUCGUGGCUUGCAAGGCUAGGUGUUUCAUGUUUUACAUUAGAUUAUUAUGUCAAUUUCCCUCCCUGUGUUUUUUCUCCUACAGCUCAAGAUGUGCUUGUGUACCUGGUGGGUGACAGUGCGGUACACCUGUGUGUGGAGGGGGUUGGCAGUGUGAGUGUCCAGGAGCUAGGCCGCAGUGUCCGAGAGGCUCUCCACAUUCCUGAUUCUGCAAUGGAUGUCUUUGCAUUUUGGCUCUGUUCUCCUCUGCUUGGUAAUGACGACUCCCUUUGUAUGCACUUCCCUUCCUCUUCCUCCUCCCCUAGCCCUCAAACAACUGUGCUGCACAUGCUGUUAUUUUAAUAUAAGCAACUUGACCAUUCAUUUGACAGUUUCAUGAUUUGAUAAGGGGGAGGAGGGCAGAUAGGUAUUACAAAGGAAUAGUGUUGUCUGAGGCUGGUCUGGUUCAUUGUAUCAUGUAUUGGUGGAGAUUGAAGCGAGCCCUUGGGCCAUAAGAGGGACAUUUGACCAUUUUGAAUGCUUCUCUUUUGAACUACUGUCUUGCUGAAAGACUGGCAUUGUUUGUAAAAUAGGCAAGGGAUUACUACAGCAAAAUGAGUGUAGGGCAAGUCUACAGCUUGUCUUGCCAAAUUCCUUUCUUUGUUAUACAUUUUACAUUUUAGCAGACGCUCUUAUCCAGAGCGACUUACAGUUAGUGACUGCAUACAUUUUCAUACCAUGACAAUGUGUUUCAUCAUCCUUUUCGUUAAUAAUCACAUCGUUGUCUACUCCCUGCCUUAUCAUCCUCUCUCAGAUCUGCAGUUAAAGCCGAAGCAUCAGCCUUACAAACUGUGCCGCCAGUGGCAGGACCUGCUGUAUCGCUUCACUAAGGCCUCAGAGGAGGACAUAUCUCAAGGUGAGACUGCCUGUGUCUCUGUGUGUAGGGAUGAGCUUGUGUGUUUCAGUAAUCUUUUGUAUUUGUUUCUGUAUUUUUGGCAGAUGAACAUUUUUGUCUCACAUCUCAGUUCUCUUUUUUCAAAUGUUAGAUUUUUUUCAUCCCCACUGCUGAAUUCAUAUUGCUUUGUCAACCUGACCUCAUGUUACCUCUGACCCAACAUCACUAAUCCUAAACUGUACAUCUGCCAUCAUGUAAAAAUGCUCUGUAAUACCCUCCUCAUGCUGUACUUUCCUUUUUUUCCAGAUGAGCCAUGCUUGCAGUACAGAAGGAAUGUGUUUUAUCCCAAGUCUAAAGAGCUGCAGGUACUGCUGUUCUGUUUUCUCCUUAAACUUAACAUGACCAUGAAGCUGUUGGAAAACAUUUUCCUUAAAAAUAUCAGUAAGGUUGUAUUGUAGUGUCAAAUGGAUAGAUCAUACUUUCCUGGUUGUAGACACAUACACCAGAGCACUCUAGCACCAGUCCUCAGACAAAAGGUUAUGUUUGUCCCUCAAGAGUUACAAGAAUUGAUGAUGAACGCCCCUGUCUGUGUUUGGAUUGUCGUGGAAAAUGAUCACUAUACAUAUAAAAAAUCAAAGUUCUUCCAGAGUUUUUGUAGAAUCAAGAUAUACUUUAUUACAUAGAGCAACAAAAGCCGAGCUGGUCUGCAGAGCAACUAACUCACAACACUCGGCCCUCAGUUUAUAUACAAUGUCCAUUCCUGCUCAUUUUACAUACUUCUUAGCUUAAACCCUCCCAGCUGAGUUCCUCCACCAUUGUUUCCAAACCUUCAUCUUUUGACCGCUCCGCCCACUCUCUUAAUUUAUGAUAGUGGCAAAAUCUGACUUCUCCUCCUAUAUUUAUUUAGUUGUGAUACAAUGGUGGCUAAACCAAACUUUCUCAUGUAAAAAAUAACAGAGCCAUCUCCCAGCUCUGCUCUGUUUAUUCCAAAACCCAUCAAUCGAUACUUGAAUAUGGUUUAAACAUAGCAGAUCCAUAACCCAUUCUCAACCAUAUACAUUUAAGACUUUCCUAAUGCAUUGCCUCAUACAUAACAGUAUAAUCAUCUCCUGACUCUGGCUCAGACUCCCUCCUUCUGUACCACUGCUUGUCUUUAUAAUUAGCUAUAUUUUAAUCUUUAUAGUCUAGAAAGAUUUACUAUUUUUAACCUAUGGUCUGACCUUGGGUACCACUCGGUACCAUAGCUCUGAAUGGUCUACUGAAAAAAUACCCAACACAUCCUCCCUUUGGGACUAACUAGGUCCCACACUUCAAAUAGAUUUAUACUAACACUUGAAAUGUAUAUAGUGACUAAGAUAUGAAUACUUAGAUAUAUAGGAACUAACAUAAAAAUACUAAUUCAUGAAAAUAUAUUUUUAAAACAUUACUUAUUCAAACAAUAACAAUAUAAAUGUUUCUACUUUGAAAUAAACAACGUAAGUGUUAGUAUCGUAACAUCUACAAUAAUGCAGCUUUGUUUUAACCAUAAUAUCUAUUUAAGGCAGUUAUCUUGCGGUUUGUAUAAGCAAUACAUGAAAUACUAAAUCCCUUUUAAUAUUAUUCUUCAUAAUAUCAUCCCUUAUGUUUUACAUGGCCUAGUAAUGCUUGCUCUCCCUUUCGGACACCUCCCUAACAACCAUUUUCUGAAUCUAAGCAGAACCUGUGUAGGGGAUUAAGAGACAUGUUCAUGGACAUUUGUAACCGGAAACCCUAUGUUACGUGCCUAUACUACAUAGAGAAAACAUGAGAGAGGCCUAUUCUAUCUUUUGAGGAUUUUAGGUUUACCCCUAUAUGGGACCCCUAGUUCCAAUACCAAAAUCUAUUUAAAUGUUACCUCACCUACUUCCCUUAAUUAAUGCUUAGGCUCUUUAUCACCACUAAAGUAAUAUGGAACAGGAUAUAAGUCUGGGAGAUUAAUAUCUCCAAGUCCAGUGUGCUUCAGCUGUUGCUUGGCCCAUCCUCCUCCUGCCACUACCCCAGACAGACAUGCUCUCUUACGAUAAUUACCAUCUGCUUCUGGGCCUCUACUCCGGGCCGGCGUUGGUCCCUUUCGCUCAGGACUCCCUCUACGAUGACCAUCUACUUCUGGGCCACUACUCCGGGCCGGCGUUGGGUCCCUUUGGCUUGGGACCUUCUUCCGUCACUAGGGUCUCGGCAUCCUCAGCUUCCUCAUCUCUCGGUCAUCGGUUUCCAUGCGGUACUCUGGUGCAGUGGUUUAGAUAAUACCAGGUCGAGCUCCCCUCAACCCUUACAGCAGUUGGUGUAACCUGGAUGAAGGGGUAGGGUACCACAUGUCUCUGUUCGUUCUACUUCCUUCUGAAGACCCUGACGUAGACCUUCUCCCCCGGGACCACUGGUCGUGGUGGAGUCGCCUCUGGUUUUAGAACUCUGCUUCUCUCCUGUUGGUAUAUAACUUCAUAUGACAGUUAGUUGCCUGAUAUACCCUUCUAAUUCCCUUUCCAUUUGCUCUAGAGGCAGACCCUCAAAUGGUCCCCUAAGCACCGGCACUGGUAUGGGUCGACCCCGUUAGCAUUUCAUGCGGUGUUAGAUGCGUUAUUCUGUUAGCUUGCAUGCGAUAAGUCAUUAGUGCCAGAGGUAAGUCCCCCCAAAAACAAAACAACACUGUCUGUUAAAUCAAAAUAACAAAUCUAAUUAGAAUGAUAACCCUUGAUAACACCUUAACUUAAUUGUAUCCCAUAAGUUAAUUCAAGGAAUAGUAAAAUUGAUUAGCGACAGGUGUCCCUCAUUCAGGGCUAGUUCUCUUUCUCUGUCCUUGUCAUGGUAUGAAUCAUACAUAGGCCCAUUGCUAAAUUAUAAACGUCUUCCUAUUUAUUAGUGUUUACAUACUACAUAUAAAUCUCACACAAUGUCUCUAGCUUUCGAGUGAGGGUGAUCAGGCCUCACCAGAAAGUCAGAACAGAGGUCAGAGGUCAUUCAACACCAUUUAAGUGAGUGUCUCUUUCCCUUUACUUCCCCUUUACCUCAGAUAGUAUUUAAUGAUAUUUCAAACAUUUUGUGUACCAGGUUUACAUUGGGUUUUUUCAGUACAUUUCUUAUUAGGAGAAUUUAGAUGUGUGUAAUUAAAACUCUGGCAAUAGAAACUUCAAAACAUUGAAUUUAUGUGCACUUUAAGGUGUAUUAUUUCUAACCUGUGAAAAAUCCACUAAACCAAAAAUAAAAACCCUACACAACUACCAAAUAUUCAUAAUAGGUGGGUUGUGUGUGCUGGUGUGUGUGGUAAAACGUAGAGCAAAAACAAACAAAUGGCCAGGCCUUAUUUAAUUCGGUAGCUCCCUCUUACGGCCUACUUAUAAGAUUGCUGAGUUUUACUAACUGCUCUCCUCAGCUCACAGACUCAGGAAACAUUCCAAAGAGAGAUAAUGAAACUCCCAUUUUCCUGGAAAAGAAAGUGUACAUUUCGUUAACAUUCACUAUAGUACAUGUUAAUAAGCCAUCCAAACGUUUUAACUACAACCAAAAUAUGAAGAUAAUUCCACCGUACUACAUCAAAUUAUGAAUUGUUUGUUUCAAUAUAAUUCCAUGUGUAGAUAAAUUGCUGUCCUUUGUAAGUAAACGCAAACAAGUGUCUACUUUUCUAUGCUAGAGGUACACUAAAAUAUGCUCCACAUAAGUCUAUUACUGAGAACCAUUUUGCAUCUGGUGGAAUGUUUGUUAACAGUGUGUGGGGAUUGGGUACCUCUGCUUGGUAGUCUUGAACUACCUCAUUCACUGCUCUCAGGUCAUGAACCAGUCUCCACUUCUGUUUGUCUGCCUUUAGUACUGGUAGCAGUGGCAUGUUACAGUCACUCUGAGUUUUAACCAGUACUCCUGCUUUUAUCAGUCCCUCUAUUGUAGCUUGAAUUCCUGCCUCUGCUUUCGGUGUCAUUGGGUAUUGCUGUUUCCAUGGGGGUCUUGUGUCUGCCUUUACUUUAAUGCAAAUUGGAUUAGCUGAAUUUACUAAACCCACAUCUGUAUCAUAUUUUGCCCAUAAGUCUUCUGUGAUCAUACUUUCCAUUUGUUUCCUUAGCUUUUCCUGUUUUGUUUCUUCUUUAACUACUGGCAUCUGUCUUUCCUCAGUUAUUUCCACUUCCUGUGGUUCCCCCAUCAGUUCUGCAAAGCAUAGGACUUCAAUUAGGUUUUUGUCAACAGACUGGAAAAUGAAUGGAUUCUCUGUUUCUACCCACUGUGUAUUUUUAGCCUUUUUCAUCAUUGGUUCUAGAUCUUUUGCCUGAUAUCCCUCGGCCACUAAAAGUGUUAUGAGGUUCUGUUCCUCGUAUAUCAAACCAGGUCUGUAUGAUAUCAGAUCCUGGAGCAUCUUGUGCUUCCAUUGCUGACCCUUGUUUCCCUAUUACAAAAUAUUGCGAUCUCAUGGAAACCAGUUUACCCCAUGCCUUGCUUAACCAUAGUUGUUCUAGCAAAUGAUUUUGAUAUGGAUCAUAUUGCAGUGUACAAUGAUAGCCUAAUUUUGGUACUCUCAUUUCUUGAACUUGAGCCCUGAUACAUUUUCCCUACUUCUUUAAUACCUCUUGUAUUGGUGAUUCUAUAUUCCCUAUUCCAGUAUUCCCUAUCCAGCCAUCAUCAUCUGUGGACGUACACCUUCCUGAUCUAUUAUUAGUCCCUCUGAUGUGCAUUUCAUUUGGAUGCCCAUUCUACACAGUGCAUCUCUCCCUAAUAUAUUAACUGGAGUUUGUUCUGAUACUAAUAUAGGUAUACAGGUAGCUUUUCCUCCUGCUUCUAGUUUUACUGGAACUGUCAUAGGUAUUAGCUGUGUUUGUCCUGAAAAUCCUACUGUCUUUGCAUAUUUGCCUGACAUGGGGAGGUGAGAGGCAUAAUUUGGACUUACACAUGAGUAAGUUGCUCCAGUAUCCAUCAUCAUGGGUGUGCCUCUAUUAUUCCCCUGAACCUGCAGCAUAGGUUCUUCAUCAGCCUGCAUAGUUACUGCCACUAGCUGACCAUCCCCUCUAGGAUUCUCUGGGCAUCUCUAGUAUCCCUGAUUUGGUCCUCCCAACGGGUUCACUGGGCCCUGUGCAUCUGAGCUGGUGUCAUUUCUUUACCAACUACCCUGCUGUGGUUGCUUAGGCAACCAUGGGUUGGUAGGACAAUUCCUUCUUAGAUGUCCUGAUUGAUGACACCCCCAGCAGACACCUAAUGGUCAUUCUGGUCCACCAUUUUGGUAUGUCUGCUGUUGUGAUCGGUACCCUGGAUUCUUUGGUCUGUUUCCAUUUCCUUUGUUUUGCCACUGUCCAGGGGAUUGUUGUGUGUACACAUUCACUACUGGUAAGGAAGGAGCUCUUUGGCCUUGUGGAUGAGGCUGUAGUUGUGGACCUCCUUGGAGAACAGGUGCCAUGGCACCCUCUUCUGGCGGUGUCGGAGUAAUCACUGGAGCUUGUGUUUUCUUUUUGUCCUUUCUUGUCAGCUCUUCCAGCUGCAUCUGUGUCAGUUUUCUUUGAAUGUCUCUCCCUUGAUCUGUCAGUUUCUGUUCGUCCUUCCUGUAUUUUUCCACUGUGUGGAUAACAUGGUCGCAGAACUCCUUGUGUGAUUUUGACGUUAGUCCCACCACAUCUUCCAGUCUGCUUCUGACAGGCGUUGGCAUUGCCUCCAUCAGUGAUGUCCUGAAUAGUGUUGUCACCAGUGGAUCCCCCUCUAGGUAUUUUUCUGUUUCUUGUCGCCACCUCUUGAGCUGAUCCUCUAGGUAGCUUGCAGGGUUUUCUUUAUCCCUCAAUAGUUCCCCUCUCAGUGCUUUAGGGUCUAUUUUGGCUUGAUAUUCCAUUCUCAGUGUUCCAUAGUCCUGGCCUAUAAUUGUCAAAGGCCAUUCCAUCCAGUACCGUCCUGCACACCGCCUGUAUGAGGCCACCCGCCUGCAACAGGUCCUCCAUUUUGGCCACUCCCACCACCCUGGUCAGCAAUGCCUUCAAAUCUCCCACCGCCAGUAGCUUCCCCAUUGUUUGUUCUUCAAAUGUUCUAAUCCAUUUUCCUGCUCCUUCAUGUAUGUUUGGCAGUCUAGUCACCAGGCCUUCCAUGUCCUGUGAUCCCCAAGGCACAUAGUGAACCUGUGUCCCCUUUACCAAAAUGGGAUACUGGGCUCCAUACUUGUCUGGGCUUGCAGUGCUUCACCUAGUUUUGUUACUAUAGAUUUGCCUCCUGUGGCUCCUUGCUGUGAUAAUUGUCCCUCUGUCUCACUCUGUUCUUGCUCAGAGUCAGUACACUGUUUUAGUUCCUCAUCCUCCUCAUUACUUGCAUCAUCCCACUCGCUCUGUCCAUCAACAUCUUGUUCAUUUGUCCCAUAAUUUUCCAGUUUGUUUAACAUACCCUUCAGUCCCUCAUAACAGUCUAUAUCUAAGUGUGAUCCUCGUUCCCCUUUUUGGGGUGGAAGCCUGCUGCUUACCUUUUUCUUCUUCUAUCGCCACAUUCCCUGUUAUUGAGACUAGUCCUGUGAGGUGAGGAUACUGCCCCCCUUGUGUGUAUGGUGGUGGUGCAGUUGAGCCAUCCUUUUUGGGUUCUUUCUCCUCCAUUAUUAUCCUUCUAGCUUUGGCAAUGCUCUCUCUCCAGCUAUUUCCUUCCUCCCAGAACCUUUUUUUAAAUCUCUCUCUCUUUCUCUCUCUUCUUCUUUCUUUUUUAUGGUAUCCAUUUCCUCACACACUGUCACAUCAAACGUCCCUUCCUUUGGCCAUUUUGUUGCUAGUUUUCUAGUUCUUAUUUCCCAUUUAUCAGAUAUUUUUCCAAUCUCUUCUUUAUUCUCUGGGAACCUUUUCUUCAUGAUUUCUACUGGUGUUCCUGCCAUCUCUAUUCCCUGUAUUCUUGGUCUCCCUGACGCUAGCCUUAUGUUUGGUUCAGUGUCUAUAUUAGGGUGUAAAGUCAAUAUUUUCCUUACUGUUUUUCUCGUGCCUAAUUGUUCCCUUAUUAUUGUUGCUCGUUUUGGAAUAACCCACUGAACUUCUCUCAAUACUGUAGAUACUUCUAUUUGUGGUUCCCUUAUUGUCUUACCUGUCUGCCCUUUCCCUCUUUCAAAACCUUGCUCCUCCCCUAAUGCCAGCCAAGGUUCAACCUGUUUAUCUAUUGGGAUUAUUAUAAAAUAAACCUCUUUUGAUCUGCUAAUUCUUCAAGAGUUUCUCCAAUAUUCUGUACUGUCCUAUUUCUUCCUAUUAUUCCAGUCCAAUAUAUAUAGUUGAAGUCUGAAGUUUACAUACACUUAGGUUGGAGUCAUUAAAACUCGUUUUUCCACCACUCCACAAAUGUCUUGUUAACAAACUAUAGUUUUGGCAAGUCGGUUAGGACAUCUACUUUGUGAAUGACACAAGUCAUUUUUCCAACAAUUGUUUACAGACAGAUUAUUUCACUUAUAAUUCACUGUAUCACAAUUCCAAUGGGUCAGGAGUUUACAUACACUAAGUUGACUGUGCCUUUUAAACAGCUUGGAAAAUUCCAGAAAAUGAUGUCAUGGCUUUAGAAGCUUCUGAUAGGCUAAUUGACAUCAUUUGAGUCAAUUGGAGGUGUACCUGUGGAUGUAUUUCAAGGCCUACCUUCAAACUCAGUGCCUCUUUGCUUGACAUCAUGGGAAAAUCAAAAGAAAUCAGCCAAGACCUCAGAAAAAGAAUUGUAGACCUCCACAAGUCUGGUUCAUCCUUGGGAGCAAUUUCCAAAUGCCUGAAGCUACCACGUUCAUCUGUACAAACAAUAGUACGCAAGUAUAAACACCAUGGGACCACACAGCCAUCAUACCGCUCAGGAAGGAGACACGUUCUGUAUCCUAGAGAUGAACGUACUUUGGUGCGAAAAGUGCAAAUGAAUCCCAGAACAACAGCAAAGGACCUUGUGAAGAUGCUGGAGGAAACAGGUACAAAAGUAUAUAUCCACAGUAAAACGAGUCCUAUAACGACAUAACCUGAAAGGCCGCUCAGCAAGGAAGAAGCCACUGCUCCAAAACCGCCAUAAAAAAGCCAGACUACGGUUUGCAACUGCACAUGGGACAAAGAUCGUACUUUUUGGAGAAAUGUCCUCUGGUCUGAUGAAACAAAAAUAGAACUGUUUGGCCAUAAUGACCAUCGUUAUGUUUGGAUGAAAAAGGGGGUGGCAUGCAAGCCGAAGAACACCAUCCCAACCGUGAAGCAUGGGGGUGGCAGUGUCAUGCUGUGGGGGUGCUUUGCUGCAGGAGGGACUGGUGCACUUCACAAAAUAGAUGGCAUCAUGAGGAGAGGAAAGAAAAUUAUGUGGAUAUAUUGAAGCAACAUCUCAAGACAUCAGUCAGGAAGUUAAAGCUUGGUUGCAAAUGGUUCUUCCAAAUGGACAAUGACCCCAAGCAUACUUCACAAGUUGUGGCAAAAUGGCUUAAGGACAACAAAGUCAAGGUAUUGAAGUGGCCAUCACAAAGCCCUGACCUCAAUCCUAUAGAAAAUGUGUGGGCAGAACUGAAAAAGCGUGUGCGAGCAAGGAGGCCUACAAACCUGACUCAGUUACACCAGCUCUGUCAGGAGGAAUGGGCCAAAAUUCACCCAACUUAUUGUGGGAAGCUUGUGGAAGGCUACCUGAAACAUUUGACCCGAGUUAAACAAUUUAAAGGCAAUGCUACCAAAUACUAAUUGAGUGUAUGUAAACUUCUGACCCACUGAGAAUGUGAUGAAAGAAAUAAAAGCUGAAAUAAAUCAUUCUCUCUACUAUUAUUCUGACAUUUCACAUUCUUAAAAUAAAGUGGUGAUCCUAACCUAAGACAUGGAAUAUUUACUUGGAUUAAAUGUCAGGAAUUGUGAAAAACUGAGUUUAAAUGUAUUUGGCUAAGGUGUAUGUAAACUUCCGAUUUCAACUGUAUAUGGCCACUCUUCUCUUACUUCCACUAAAUUUGUUAUUUCUGUUAUUGCUCUCAGCUGAAAUUUUUUAUAUUCCUCAGUUAAUGGUAUUCUUCUUCCUAAUAUAUCUUCAUACUCUGCUUCUUUCCCAAAAUGAGAUUUUAUCCCUUGCGUUUCUUUUAAUAUUCUUCUUAUCCUUUGUUCCCUUGUCUCAUCUCCCAUCCAGAUAACACAAUUACUCUCCUGUCCUUAUGCGCUAUAUUCUUUUUAUUUAGUUAUUUUUAGCUUUCUCUUCUACUUCUUUAUAUCUGGACAGCUAGUCCCUAUCCUAAAUUUUCCUACCCAGAUUUAUAUUAUUAUUAUUAUUAUCCUGGUAUCAUUACUUGAUCAAUGACUAUUUGGCAUUAGAUUGUGCCUUUUUCCGAUAAUGUUAUAAUUGUAGCCUAUUGCAUUAAUUUAGUCCAAAUAGACAUUUGUUGUUUAACAAAUCUAGAACCUACAAAAAGUUGGUGCUAUCCCAUCAGCGUAAUAGUCAAAACUACCUGCAAUCCACUGUUCCACGUAACGAAAACAAAUUUAUUGUUUUAGAAUUCAUUAACUAUUUGCAUACGUCACUGGUGUUACGCAAACUAUAGAAUUGAGUAAUAACAAUUCGAAUUUGUCAAAGAAUGUUUCCCAUUCAACUAUUCAGACCUCUGCUUCAAAUGUCCCUUACAAUACGACUCUCUUUCACCUGCGAACUAAAACAUGGCAUCAUUAAAGUCUAUUCACAAACCACCAAUAACUAAAAACCUAGAUUUUAGUCAGUAAUGCAGAACCUAUGCUUUAUUAAAAUGACAAGUAAAUCCCCCUUUAUUCCAGUUAUAAUGGUCUGUAGUCCUAACAUCUGGCACAUAACACAAUUAUCAGAAAAUGGCUUUACAGGACAAAGAUCUCACAAGCUCGAAGGGAAUGAAUUAGCAGUCAACGAGUCAAAUCUACAUUCAUUGAUUUGGAAACAGAUCUAACGAGUUUAAUCAAAUGGAUUGUUUUCCCCUACAAUAUACUAAAACUCCUUUACUAUAUCACCUCUGCUCCGAAAUUAUAGAUGGUUAUUAUAAUGCUUAAUCUUAUUUCUAUCAAAUGAUCUAUGUACUGUCUCCCACCCCUCACGUACGUCUACAUUUUGGGUGUGCAAGUCAGUACCUAUACAUUAUUCCACUUAUUACUUUAUCCAAUCUCUAGUAAUCAAUUACACGCACAUAAAAUUCAUCAUAUUUUAAUAUAUUAAAAUCAACCAUACCAUUCGUAUUUCUAAUGAUUCUUUAUUGCCACAAGUUAGUUUACCAUAAUCUAGUCCCAGCAGAACAACAACUUUAACUACCUAGACCCUGCCCCUCAUUCAUAAAAUCCUCCCAGAAUCUUAUAGACUGGUCACUAUUUACUGAACUAACAUCUCAAAAUAUUAUAUGACAGGCAGUGUUGUACAAACCCCAAGAUAUCAUUAUAUCAAAAGCUUAUUAUCCAAACUUCAGGUGCGACUCAUUUUCCACAUUUAUACCAUUCUCACAUCACAUUCACACAAUGUUCUUCUCAAACACGCUUAACCACUACACGUGCUUAAAUGAAUCAGACAGAAUGCCCAGCAGGACGAACAAAUGAAUCAGACGAAUUGAACAAAUACAUCAGAUGAACAACUGAGUGAAUUCGACAGAUUGAAUGCACAAAUUAUAAUAAUAAUAUAAUAUGCCAUUUAGCAGACGCUUUUAUCCAAAGCGACUUACAGUCAUGUGUGCAUACACGUUUACGUAUGGGUGGUCCCGGGGAUCGAACCCACUACCCUGGCGUUACAAGCGCCAUGCUCUACCAAUUGAGUCAGACCAGUGGACAAAGAUGAAAGAGCUGCUUUCGCAAACCCAAGCAAGUCCAUCAAACAAGUCUUGUACAGAACGAGGCAGACAAAACGAUCGAACCAAACAAAUUGAUCAAGCUGACCAAAUGAGCAACCUGAAUGAGACAGAUGAAACAUACAACUUAAUCACAAUUGAAUGAAUCACAGCCGCUCAAGCAAACCAUUCACCCACAAGAGAUGAGCAGACCUACUCUAUUUAACACUUUCUCUAUAUUUUGAAGCCCUGGUGGCUAUUUCACAACCGUUCACCUACUCUGGAUGACCAGCGCUACUUCCAAUUUAUGGUGUCACCUACUAAGGAUGACCUACUUUUUUUACCCGAUUGGCCCUGUCUAAUUAUUGCAUCACCACCACAGGAUGAUGCAUCACCUACUAGAGCGGUAACCAUAGGCACUCUCUCAAUCUUAUGUACAGCCUAACCGAGCAGCCUCUAACAAUUAAUUCCUUGUUAGAGCGGUAACCAUAGGCACUCUUGGCUAGCCACCUGCCCGUUCAGCCCUCUGGAGUGCUAACCUUAGCUCUCCACAGCGGUAUCCACAGGAUUUAAUCUUAUUUUACUAUUAUCAACAAUAUUCAACGAUGAAUAACAUUGCAUGCAUGCUUAUUUCUCAUUCCAACAAAAACCCUGUACUUUUCCUAAAUUGAACCCUUAAUACUGGAGAGACCCCUCCUGUACCUGUCCCUCAGAUUCAGCUUGAUCGAAUCACACAAUUUCUAUGUUAAAAGUAAGAACGUCGCUUACCUCUAUUAACAGUGGCCACUGUAUUUUUGUGUGUGAUUCAUCCAAACUCUCUCCGAUGGCGCAGUACCCCUAUGGUCUCUGUUUCCAGUCCCUUCGUGGUUGCCAAUUAUGUCGUGGAAAAUGAUCAUUAUACAUAUUAAAAAUCAAAGUUCUUCCAGAGUUGUUGUAGAAUCAAGAUAGACUUUAUUACAUAGAGCAACAAAAGCUGAGCUGGUCUGCAGAGCAACUAACUCACAACACUCGGCCCUCAGUUUAUAUACAAUGUCCAUUCCUGCUCAUUUUACAUACUUUUUAGCUUAAACCCUCCCAGCUGAGUUCCUCCACCAUUGUUUCCAAACUUUCAUCUUUUGACCGCUCCGCCCACUCUCUUAAUUUAUGAUAGUGGCAAAAUCUGACUUCUCCUCCUAUAUUUAUUUAGUUUGGAUACAAUGGUGGCUAAACCACUGACUCUGGCUCAGACUCCCUCCUUGUGUACCACACUCCACAUCACUUAGUCUUAUUGCCUCAUCCUCUGUACCACUGCUUGUCUUUUAUAAUUAGCUAUAUUUUAAUCUUUAUAGUCUAGAAAGAUUUACUAUUUUUAACCUAUGGUCUGACCUUGGGUACCACUCGGUACCAUAGCUCUGUAUGGUCUACUGAAAAAAUACCCAACAGGAUCCUCCUAUAUUCCACAUUUCAUUGCAUGGUAUUUCCCUCCAGAUUGAAGACGAGGUGGUGUUGAGACUCCUUUACGACGAGGCACGGGUUAACAUCCUCGCGGGCCGCUUCCCCUGUGACCCUGAAACCUGGACGGGUUUGGGAGCACUGUCUUUUGCUCUGGAGCUGGGGGUCGGUCUGGACGACCAGAAAGCCACUGCUGCUUUAAGGUAAACUAUGCCAGGUAUCUGAACGUCUGCCUCUUGGUGAAGUUGUGUAUUAUUUUUAAGAGUAUAACUCCAAAUAAUUGUUUCCAAUAUUUAGCUGCAUACCCUGAUUAUUGCUCCUCCUCUCCCAACUCCCUCAGAGAGAAGAAGCUGAUAUCCUUCCUGCCUGCACAUGUAUCAGGGGGAGGUGGGGGGCUGUUCUCUACCCUGAGGGGGAAAGGGGGCCGUCAGGCAGGGCUGGAGCACAACCUGUUGGAGGAGUAUCACAAGAUCAGCACCUUAGGCAGCACCCCCCCGGAGCCCACUCAGCAUCUGCGCCAGUACCUCAGCACAUGCCAUUCUCUGCCUUACUACGGGUAAGGAACAAGCAAAACUAAUGGCCUCAACUUAACUGCAUGGAACACAUUCACAGUUUGGAUAUUCAUGUGUCACUUACAUCAUGUUUGUUUAUUGUCUGGCCAGGUGUGCUUUCUUCUCGGGGGAGAUUGACAAGCCAGCCCAGGGGAUUCUUCAUAGAGCAGGACGGAAAGCUGUCAAUGUGGGGAUCAGUCUGGAGGGGGUGUAUGUAAUGGACAUAAAAGAGAAGGUGAGACCUGGAAUGUCAAGUUAAAAUGAAUGAUAACUCCUCUACAUGACCAGCAGAAUAUGACCUAUUUUACUGUGUGUGAUUGAGUAAGCUGUGGAUUUGUAUGAACCAGAGGUAUCCUUUAUCAAUGCAAAAAGACUUCACUGAAUGACCCAAUCCUCCACUUUUCUGCCUCAUUCUCUCUGGUGCAUUCCUACUCCAUGACAGCACGUGCUCCUGGGCCUGCGUUUCAGUGAGUUGUCUUGGGACCACAGCUACCCUGAGGGGGAAGGUGACUCACACAUCCUGUGGCUCGAAUUUGAUGGGGAGGAGGCCGGCACCCCUGUCAACAAGUUACUGAAGAUCUAUUCAAAACAAGUAAUGAAACCUAAACUUAACUUUUUUUUUUUCCAAAGGUCACUUGUGUUUUUCAUUAGUAGGGCGUCAUAGAUGUCAUUGAAGUGACCAGAGUUGCUACUGUUCUUUAUUCCCUCCUUGUACCUCUAGGCAGAGCUUAUGAGCGGCCUUAUUGAGUUCUGUGUGGAGCUACGGUCUGCAGCCGAAGGAGGGGCGGCGACGGAAACGGACAGUGAUGUCUGUCCAUCCCAUCAGCCUGCUGGACAGGCGGGGGAUAGUGACAGAGGAAGGGGCGGUCGCCGCGGCAAACUGCGCAGGCAGAGCAGUGUGGUGUGCAGUCGGGUCCAUACACUGAACACCAUCAGCUACGUGGACAACGGUGAGUCUGGGGAGAGGCCAUUAUCCAUGUCAUUCAUUUAGUCAGUAUUGACCAUCCAUAUAAGCUUCAUUUGCUCCCCUGUAGCUCAGUUGGUAGAGCAUGGCGCUUGCAACGCCAGGGUUGUGGGUUCGUUUCCCACAGGGGGCCAGUAUGAAAAUGUAUGCACUCACUUAACUGUAAGUCGCUCUGGAUAAGAGCGUCUGCUAAAUGACUAAAAUGUCAAUGUAAAAUAUCAGGUUAGGUUAUAAAACUAACUGUUAAAUGUAUUUGUUGUCCUCCGGGCAGGUAAAGAAAUCAAACGCUUGAAGCCAAAGAGAGCUGCUUCCUUUUUCACCAGGCAGGCACAGCCGCCCACAUACUCAUCAGUACAGGUGGCAGAGAGUUUGGAGCAAGG